AUGGAUGGAGAUAUAUAUAAUGAAGAUACAAAUGAUGAAGAUAUAGAUGACGAGGAAACAAAUGAAGAAUUUUAUGAAGCCACAUACACAUAUGUGAUGGCAAUUUAUGCUUUAAUAGAUAUAUUAAAUCAGUUUUUGAAUAUGAUGCGUGGUGAACAUAUUGAACGUCCAUUAACUCGACGACAAAUUACUAGUCGGGGAUAUGACUAUAUACACAAAGCAUUAAACGAUGAUCCUGCAAUCUUUCGACAAAUUGUCGGCCAGAACACUCGAUAUUGUGUAAUCCGCAAUACAUUUGGCCGAUCACAAUUUGCUACAAGUGAAAAUUUUCACAAGAUUUUGAAAGCUCUGAACUCAUUAGCACCUGAUUUAAUGGUUAGACCAAGCUCAACUGUGCCUGAAAAAAUAAGGGAAAGCACAAGGUUUUAUCCUUAUUUUAAGGAUUGCAUUGGAGCUAUUGAUGGUACACAUAUUCCCGCAUCAGUAAAAGGACGAGAUGUAAGCAGUUAUCGUGAUCGUCAUGGAAAUAUAUCACAAAAUGUAUUAGCUGCUUGUAACUUUGAUUUGGAAUUCAUGUACGUUCUUAGCGGGUGGGAGGGUUCAGCACAUGAUUCCAAGGUGUUAAGUGAUGUUUUGGCAAGGAAGAAUGGACUUAAAGUGCCCCAAGGUAAGUAUUAUCUGGUGGAUUGUGGAUUUCCUAAUCGACGCAAAUUUUUAGCCCCAUAUCGAGGUGUACGAUAUCAUCUACAAGAUUUUGCAGGUCACGGUAAUGACCAUGAAAAUGAAAAGGAAUUAUUUAAUCUUCGGCAUGCAUCCUUAAGGAAUGUGAUUGAGAGGAUAUUUGGUAUUUUUAAAUCGCGGUUCACAAUUUUUAAGUCAGCACCUCCAUUUCUAUUUAAAACACAAGCAGAGCUUGUGUUGGCAUGUGCAGCACUUCAUAAUUUUCUUCGCAAAGAAUGUCGUUCUGAUGAAUUUCCAGUGGAACCUACUGACGAGUCUUCAUCUUCAUCUUCAGUGUUACCAAAUUACGAAGACAAUGAUCAUGAACCCAUUGUUCAAACACAAGAGCAGGAACGAGAAGAUACUAAUAUAUGGAGGACUAAUAUAGGUUCAGAUAUGUGGAGAAAUGCUAAUAAUUAGGCGAACAUGAAGUGAGAAUCACUUUGUUAUUAUUUUUUUAGGCAAUAAUGACUUUGUUAUUAAAAGGUUUAAAAUUUCUAUCGUUUUUAUUUUCUUUAUUCAAACAUUAUAAUUUAU